CCAGCGAGCGCGGCCGUGUGACUGACGCGCGGUCUACCCAAUGGGCGGAGGGGAUUCGGUGACGGAGCGCUGGUGGCUGUCGGCGAUGGCGGCGGGUUUGAACGCGGAGCAGUUGGGAUGGCGGCUGUUGCGGCGACUGAAGGAUUUGAAAUGCCCUCUUGUGGAAGAAAUCGGAGUGGAUGAUUCGGCUGCAGUUAUUCAGUUACUGUGCACACCGGGAGAAGACAGACUUCAGAUCCUAGAAUGGUUAUGCAUCAGCAUCGAUCCACGGCUCAAAAUGAAAUUUGAAGAGCUACAUUUCAAGUCCAUUCAAGACCAUGGAACAGAACUUGUCAUAAAAGAAAUGACCUGGCUUGGACAGAGAUUGGGAGUGUGCAGUGCGGAGGACUUGGAUCUCUUUCGGGGUCAAGCAUGUCCUUUAAGGCAAUUGGUGAUGAUUGAUCUGAUGUUAGGUGGACUCCAACAAUUUAAGCACAUUACUGCAGCAACCUCAACGGACAAGGAACGUAUUAUGUGUAUUAAAAAAAACAAUGCCCAGCUGCUAAAUGAUGUUCUGAGUGAUCCUCAUCUUCGCUUGCCAGCAAACUUGGACUGUACCCCCUCUCUCGAUGCACACAGACUACUGAAGAAAGUUGAAGCCAAAUUUGAAUCACGGGGGAAAACGAAAUCCCCUCCACCGUCUUUUGAAUCCCUGGAGAGAUUGUUAACAAUGCUUUCUGAGGAAUUAAAAGAAACAAAUGAGCAUCUUGAAGAAAUGAAGAAAACAAAUGCUUUCAUGGGAUCCACGGAAAGUAGUGAUACCACCAUCCAAACCUUGAAGCUCACACUUUCAGACUUUCAUCAACAGAUGACUGUGUUUUCCUUAGCAUUUGAGCAUGAAUUCAGUAUGAACUGUAACAGAGCACCGCCUCAACUUUGCAACUUUGGACCACUCUGUAAAACUGUGCAUAAACUGCUCACAGCUUUCAUCAAUGAGCUUGCUGGCACAGCAGAGAUAAAUGCCACGUGCACAAAGUUGGAGACGAUUGUGAAUGGGCUACAGAAAGAUGUCGUAUGCUGGGAUGAUGGUGAAGUUGCUACGCUGUCAACACGGGUUGAACAGAUGAAGAAGAAAUAUGUAGAAUUUCUGGAAACCUUUCAGAGCCAUGCCUCAUGAAGAUAUAUUUAUAAAUAGUGUAUUUAUAGUUGUACUUAUAUACAUAGUGUAUUCUUUUAAUGGUAACUCUUACAAAGCUGCUCUCAUCUUCUGUUUGAAAAUAAAAAUAUUUUUUAAAAAAUAUUCUAGAUUGUAAUGUUUUUAAGCUUUCUGUAUUGUGCUGUAAUUUAAUAUAAGUUAGGUGACAAGAUGCAUGAUUAUUGAAAAUAUUUUGAGGUUAAAAUUACAUCAUUAAGAUUUCUGUAAUCAUUGCACUUAAGGUUCAAGAUUUUCUUUUGUUUACUGGUUAAUAGUAUACAUGUUCCAAUUGAAAUUGCUGAGGAAAUAUUUUCCUUUUCACUUCAACAGAUGCCAUAUUACAAAUAUGCAAAGAUGUCAGUUCAUGUUUUUUAAACUCUGGACAUUGUACUCUAGCAUGUCAUUGUGUCAGCCCCCUGGAAUCUGGGACAGGAGACUGAGAAUUCAAAUCCUACACCAGAGAUAUUCACAUUGAAAGUUGUGAAAGUAUUGCAGAGUUGGUAGUUCCAUCUUUGCUAAGAUGCUCUGGCUGCAAAACAUCCCAUGACAAUUAUUUCAAAGGAAAGUAGACCUAGUUAUGUGGAGCAUGCCAUCCACUGACUUGCUAAUAUAAAUCCUUUGAAGAUCACCAAAACACAUGGACAAAUUGGCUGUUGCAUUUCCUCUUUCACAGGAAUAGCAUAUUU